AUGGCGGCCGGGACACGAGAUCGUGCACGCCUGCACUCUGACGGCGGUUUUGAUGGCCGCUUGCUGUUGUCAGAGCAGACGAAGCUGCUGCUGGAGUCCACGCCUGCAGAUAUCAACUUCAUCCACUUCCUUAAGCUUCGGCUGAGUGCGCAGCAGCGAGCGACUGCGCAGCGCAACUACUGGCAGCGCGUGCAGCGGGAGGGGACGGACAGCAUGAGCGCGAGUAUGGCUCGUAGUCAGUCGCAAGGCGGCAUUCGUGCCCCCGCAGGGUCGAUAUCGACGGCCUCCGUCGGCAGACGCAACUGGCGCACCGCCGGCAGCGUAGAGGACGCAUCUGUCAUCACCUACGAUGCGGAGCCCACGGCCACGACGCUCAGCGCCUUGUCAAAGGCGGAUGCGCUCAUGUGGGCGGCACCUCACGGGUCCGCGCUGCCUUGGACUGCGCAUUCACCCACCUUUGAGGACAUGCCAGCCGCGGUAUCGGUACGCCGUGGCGCACCGGCGCCGGAGGCGACAGAGCUCGUUGUCGUGUCGGCGGCUGAUCCUAGUGAAGACGGGGAAAACAGCCAAAGGCGCAUCUCUUGCCCGCUACCGGAGGAGGACGUGUACGCGGUGGCGCCGUUUGUCACGACUUACAACAGCGCGGCUGCAGUGGCCGUCAUCGAUGAGCGUCCAGCGAUGGCCUGCGGCAAGCCGCAGGUCCCUGUGGACGUGGACGAGAUGAAGGAUGUGCCGCUGGAGCCGUGUCCGCACUGUGGUCGCACGUUUGCUUUGGGUCGACUCCAGCGGCACGUGACCACCUGCGAACGGCACAAAGACGCGAUACUUAAGGUGAGGAGCGAUGAGAAGAGCAGAGGGGUGCUCAGCGUUAUCAAGAAGCAGGAUCGCACUGCUGGUGGUGGCGGUGCUGCGGCUUCCACAACCAAAGCCGCUGGAGCUGCACCUGGUGGGCCGAGGCGGAGGUCGUCUGAAGCAGCCCCCAAGCCGGAGAAGUGGCGGAAACAAAGCGCGCAGUUGCGCAACGCCAUGGCUGGUGGAUCUGUCGUGGUGGACGAUGAUCGCGUGCCGUGCCCAUCAUGCGGGCGGCGCUUCUCGGAUGAUGUCAUGGAACGGCACAUUCCGAUUUGCAAGUCGAGGAGUAGUCGGGUGGCGUAG